GGCUUCACCUUCACCACUUGCUUUGUGGUAGCCUUUACCUACACCCACGAAAACUGUUUGCUAUACCUAAAGCCACAGUAUCGCUGCCCUUUCCGUGUUUGCUUUAGUAUCACAAACUUGUCUUGCCGGUUGCAGCUGUUCGGUUUUUCUAGUCAUGGGCGAGCUGAGUAAAGACCUAAAGACGGAUCCACCAUGUCAUCCUAGAGCAUGUGCAAUCCAGAACUGCAUUCAGAAGAACAAUUACAAUGAAGAAAAGUGUAGAAAAGAGGUCGACGCACUAUACGAAUGCUGCAACGCCUUCUACAAAGAGCAAGGAGAGAAUGCCAGUACAGUGAGCUGUCCGAAAUAUACGCUUCUAAAACUGAAGAUGGAUCAACGCGCUAAAGGCAUCUCAUGAACUUAUGUAACCCUUGACCCGACUUACAUAGGGGACACAUGUACUUUUAGUAUCUUUGUACACUAGACAACAACCUCCAGGGCCUGGAUUGCGUGGAGGAGCGUGGCAAAAGAGUCGGUAGCAUGCGCAAAACUUUCAAGUAUCAAAUAAUCGAAACAAGCUGAACAGCC